AUGGAGGGGAAUGAUGAGCCCCUCCCAUCUUCUCAGGCACGAAACUUAUCGCAAGAGCAUUCAAGUGCCGACACUCACAAAUCUUCUUUUGCUGGUACCCGACAAGCAUCCGAAGACAGUAAAAAUAUCAGAUUCGUCGAGAGUGAUCUCUUAGACCACCACGGCCGCUUUCAUCGACCCUCCUUUGGAGAUCCCAGCAAGAAGUGGCAAAAUGUACGACGAAGGAUGUCGAUCAAACCAAUAGGCCUCACUAAAAUACGGGUACGAGGACAUCUGAAUUAUAAAGAGAUUCGACAUCGAUUCGAACGGCAAAGCACAUUUCAUGGAAUUAGCCAUGCAGCUCUUGCUCCAAAUAAUAGAUGGCGGUGUUUCUGGUACACUGCAUUCUGGCUGUGCUUCUUCUGCCUAGCUAUUCAGAUAUUUUUUCUCGUUGUAAAAUACCUACAAUAUGCAAAGACUGUUGAUCUCGAUUUAAAAUUUGAAAACGCUCCAUUCCCUUCUAUUACACUAUGCAACUUGAAUCCUUAUAAGAAAAGUGCAAUUAAUCAAAAUCCGGAAACUAAAGCUAUGAUCGAUGCAUAUUCCAAACGAAUAUUCACCGGUGAUAAAUCAGAAGGUAUCGCCGCAGCGUUGGCAUCACAUCUGCAUUCAAGAGUUCGUCGGCACAAACGCAAACCGAAGCGACGGAAACACGACAGACGUUAUCAUCAGGCUCUAGCUGAAUGUCUCUGCGAUAUUGAUCCGCUAACAGCGGAACGGAAAGGUUCCUGUUUUGCUGCCUACAAAGGAAAGAUCUCCGUUGACAUUUCACUUACACCACGAAGCCUUCACGCUUCAAGAUGUCUUUGCCAACUCGAUAUGGUUUCCAAAACGCUUUGGCCGUGUUUUCCUUAUAAUACAUGGAAAGAGAAGCUUUGCAUAGAAUGUGUUGACGGGACUGGACACUGCCCUAUGAGGUUUUACCGCGGGAAGGAAAAGUACGAGGCUAUUAAAGAACAAGUCGACCUCUGCCUCUGUCACAAGGAGUACAAUCAUUGCGUUUCAAAUCGGGACGACGGUGUCAUCAUCGAAAUAGAUCCAAAUGACGAACUUGACAGCCUCAAUAUCACAGCACGCACUGAAGCUCAAAUAAGAGUGAAGCAGAAGUCCACCACAACAACCACAACAGAAGCACCCCAAGUCACCCAAGCGCUAGGAUUUGAGAAUCUAACUGAUGAAAUCGCAAUAGUGACUCAGGCACAGCAAAAUUUAAUGUUUGCUGUUGGAUCCAUGACACCAGAACAGAAGGAGGGGAUGUCACAUCAGCUAGACGAAUUCGUUCUCAAAUGUUCGUUCAAUCAGAAAGACUGCGACAUGGAAAAUGAUUUCACACUAUACUACGAUAACACUUAUGGGAACUGUUACACUUUUAAUCACGGAGGUGCUUCUUCACAUCGAGCAGGCGCUAACUACGGACUAAGAAUCCUUUUGUAUGCAAAUGUGAGCGAAUAUCUACCCACAUCUGAAGCAGUGGGGUUUCGGAUAACAGUACACGACAAGCAUAUCGUACCAUUUCCCGAUGCAUUUGGUUACAGUGCUCCAACAGGUUUUAUGUCGUCUUACGGUGUGAGGAUGAAGCAGUUCAUUCGUUUAGUUGCCCCGCACGGGCACUGUAAACAAGGCGGGGAAGACGAUCCGAAUUUCAUCUACAAAGGAUUUAAUUACUCUGUCGAGGCUUGUCAUCGAAGCUGCGCACAAAAAGUUAUUAUGGAAAUGUGCAAAUGUGGUGACCCGAUGUUUCCAAUUCCGAACAUCACGGGGAUUGCAGCUUGUCAUGCGACAAAUGCAGAAGAACGUGACUGUCUUCGAAAUGCGACACUUUAUCUUGGAGAGUUGUACUCUAAGGAGAAGGAAGGAGUUCCCGGCUGCUAUUGUCACCAACCAUGCGAGGAAACCAACUAUGAAGUGACAUAUUCGGCAGCAAGAUGGCCGUCCGGUUCUGCAAAAGUAAUGGACUGUAACCCUGGCGAUUUCUUGUGCCUUGAAAAAUAUCGCAAAAACGCUGCGAUGAUCCAAAUAUUCUACGAAGAAUUGAAUUACGAAACACUGCAAGAGACACCAGCGUAUACGCUUACAAGCGUACUCGCCGAUCUUGGUGGUUUAACUGGUUUGUGGAUCGGCGCCUCGGUGGUCAGUCUGCUCGAAAUUUUCUCACUGAUUGUGUUUGCCUCACAAGCAUACGUGAGAAAACGAAAAGGAUCAAUUGCAUCAUCAUCAAUGUCUCAAUUGGCAGUGCGGAAAGCAUCACGCGCUUCGGGGCAUGCAAUUCAUAAACCUAGCAUUCAUCGACUGUCCGUGCAAGAUGUUCGUUCACUACACUCAAAUCACUCAUCACGAUCUAAACAAUCCAUAGUGAUCGAGGAUCUUCCAUCUCCUAUCCAGGAGCAAACAGAUGACGAAGAAUCAUCGUCUUCUGGAACCGAAGGUACCGUAGCUAGCUGCCGGUAUCUUGCUCCUGGCGAAGAACUUCCAUGCCUCUGUAAAUAUGAUUCCGAUGGCAACAUUAGGGUUAUGAAAGCAUUGUGUCCUGUUCAUGGAUUUAUGGUCAGAAGAGGCUAUGACUACAGUGUCUCAAACAGUGAAGAAGACGCCCAGGAUGACGAGGUACAUAAAGAAGAACCUUACUAUGCCGAACCAUACCAACCUAGAAAGAGCUCGAGAAGAACGAGUAAGCGGAAGAAGGAAACGGGUCCAAACGGUCAAGUGUCCGAUCAGAAUACGCCAGGAGAAUCAUCAACUGAACAAUGA